UCCCAGAGCCUUUAUAAAUACAGAGACUGGGCAUCUUCUGCCUCAAACAUCAGCUUCUGUCCAUCUUCGAGUGUCUUCACACCACUGAUAGCUGGCAGUCAUGAGGAUACUUUUCUUCCUCAUUGCUGUUCUCUUCUUCCUCUUCCAGGCUGCUCCAGCUUACAGCCAAGCAGAUGCCGACACCAUCGCAUGCCGGCAGAACCGGGGUUCCUGCUCGUAUGUCGCAUGCUCUGGUCCCACUGUUGACAUUGGGACCUGCCGCACUGGGAAACUGAGGUGUUGCAAAUGGACACCGACUUCCUAAAACUGACACCUCACUGACCACACAGACGAGAGCUCUGGGCAUCUGAGACAUCUCCCAUUUUUCACAUCGAUGGAUCCCAACCUCGGUGCAAACCUGGGGAGCCUUCCCAUGGGGGUGAAGACCCUUAGGAGCACGAGAAGAUCAAGAGGAGGAGUUCUUGCACCCCAAUAAAGAGAUUUACAGCUUCAAUUAUAAUAAAAGCAAGUCACUGUGAAACCACA